CCAAUUGGGUAAACUUAACAGCUCCAACAGCCCAUAAAAAGUCUCAAGCGGUACAAAUAAAAAAAAAAUUUAAAUUUCAUAAUUUUUUCAGAACUCUAAUUCAAAAUUUCUUGAUAUUUCUUCCAUGGUCGAAAAGUGCAAAUAAUGUUGCCCCACUUUGCUCUAUAAUUCAGCGUUAUCACUGAUGUCCAUUCAUAAAAAAUAUACUUUUCACACACAGAGAUAUUCUAUGAACCGUGUGAAAUAUCUCGCAUUUUCUAACACAACACAAUUCAGGUUUCGUGUGAACUGAUAAACCUAUAUAAAGCAGCUUUAAUAUUCAAUUUGGGCAAUUCAAACAGUGUUGCUCCUAGUGUCUUCAGUGAUACGUUGCCAUUUAAACUAAUCUGGUGCGAUCUCUCAAACAUUCGCAAUGUCGAUCACUUGUAGCAAGGUUCCUAAAACCAAAAUAGUAGAAAAAGCCGGUUACCUCGGAGUGAAUGAUUUUAUUUAUGUCCAACGAUCCGAAAAACUGAAAAACCUACCAUUAGCAGAAAAAUGGUGCAUGGAGCCAUGUUUUCUACCUUCUUUUUAUGAAAAUAUGGCUGAAAGAAUCGAGAAUUUCGAAGUUCGCCCAGACGAUGUUUGGGUAGUGACUUACCCAAAAUGUGGAACAACUUGGACUCAGGAGAUGGUUUGGCAAAUCUGCAACAAUCUCGACUAUGAAGGCGGAAAAGUAGCGUUAGAAAGGAGAUUUCCGUAUUUGGAAGUUGGGUGCUUAUUGUCGCGAGAUAUUCCAAUGGAAGACGAGAUUUCAUUCCUGGAAAAAAUGCCUUCACCCAGAUUUAUCAAAACACAUCUUCCAGCACACUUGCUGCCACCACAAAUUUGGACUGUUAAGCCUAAAAUUGUUUAUGUUGCUAGAAAUGCGAAGGAUACAGCAAUUUCUUGGUACCAUCACUAUGUUAAUUUCCAGCACUAUUCUCAUAGCUUUUCUGAUUUCAUGGAAGCCUUCCUUGACGAUAAGAUUGAUUUCUCUCCAUAUCACUCCCACAUUAUCGAUUUUUGGAACUUACGACGUGAACAAAAUAUCUUGUUCCUUACCUUUGAAGAUAUGAAACACAAUCAUCCCAAAGUUAUCGAGGAAACUGCUAGAUUCUUCGGGAAAACCUACACGAAACAGGAAAUUGACAAGCUUGCGGAUCAUUUGGCCUUUGAGAAAUUCUCAAAAAAUCCUGCAGUGAAUAAAGAAUACAUCUUGAAGGCAGUUGAGGACAUUUGCAAGGUCAAGAUGGUGGACCAGAAUUUCAGAAUUACUCGAAAAGGUGCGGUUGGUUCGCACAAAGAGGAAAUGUCACAGGAACUCAUUGAUAAGUUCAACAAAUGGACGGAUAGUGAGAUGAAGAGAUGGAACUGUGAUCCGGAAUUGAGGAAAGUUUUCAUUUUGUAAACAUGCCCUCGCACAGAGAGAGGACAAAUAGUUUAAUCGAUUAAAACAUUAGCACUAAA